UAUAAACAUUAAUAUCUGGAACUUGUUAAAAAGCUGAAACUAGCUAUGGAGGAGGAUUUCUUCGAGUCUUUGCCGGAAGGAUUCGUAGCUGAAGCAUUGGCACUCACCAGCCCUCGAGAUGUUUCCCGGUUGUCCUCCGUCAAUUCCGUUUUCCGUUCCGCAGCACAGUGGGACAGCGUUUGGGAGAGUUUCACACCGCCGGAGUACCUGCCGGAGACGGCGGACAGUGGUUCAGUCGCAUCGAAGAAGGAGAUUUAUCUGCGUCUCUGCGAUCAUCCAGUCAUCAUAGACGAAGGAAACAAAAGUUUUUGGUUGGAUAAAAGUAGCGGGAAGAAAUGUUACAUGUUAGCUGCGAGACAAUUAUCAAUCGCUUCUUCCGAUUCCCCAAAUUGUUGGAUAUGGACGCCAACAACAGAAUCAAGAUUCACAGAGGUAGCAGAACUGAUCAGUGUGAGUUUGCUUGAAAUCAUCGGCAAAAUCAAUUCUUCAAUAUUCUCCCCUGAUACAACUUACGUUGCUCUUCUCGUGUUCAAAACAACACCGAAAGCUUAUGGGUUUGAGUACCAACCGGUGGAGGUCUGUAUUGGUUUUCACGACGACCGGAGUCAAACCCGGAUGGUGUAUCUCGACCCUGAAGCAGGGCGGAGACGAGGACUCCGAUCAAGGAGAGGGAUUGGGAUGUUUAGCAAAGGAGGAUUUGCGAAUUGGGAUAUGCCUUCGCCUUCUAAAGAGAAUGGUCCGAAACAAAGAGAAGAUGGAUGGUUUGAGAUUGAAAUCGGAGAGUACUUUAAUGGAGGUGGUGAUGCGGCGGAGGUGGAGUUGAGUGUGGCGGAGGUGAACGGAGGGAAUUGGAAGACUGGGCUUGUUAUUCAAGGUAUCGAGUUCAGGCCAAAGAACAGUAAAUAAGAAGCUAGUUGGAAAACAAUUUACUUUUUUGUAAAGUGUAAUAUCGUUUGUAUCUUAUUGAUUUGAUAUUUCCCUAAAUAUAAAAUAUAUACAUAAGAGUGA